UCUAACCCAUUGUAUCCAUCGCACGUGAGACGCGAUCUUGCGCGUUACAACCGCUUCAUUUUCCCAUACAAUCACCAUACAAUUACACAAUAAAGCGACAAAGUGCUAUAACCAAAAUGCUAAAGGUUAUAAUUGCAGCAACAUUUGUAACUUUAGCUGUUUCAGCGCCAAAAGAUCUGGAUUUUACACCGAUCAAUAAAUUUGCAUUAAGACUGUUGGACAAUACAUACGCUUUUCAAGAAAGUUUUGCGAUUAAGAACGUUGCAAUAUCUCCGUUAUCAGUUUGGAGUAUUUUUGCUUUGUUAGCUGAAGGCUCUGCUGGUGACACGUUUCAAGAGCUAGUGGAUAAUCUGGAACUUCCAAAUGAUUCGCGAGCCACGCACUCUCUUCAUAUGGCAGUAAGGAAUAUUCUACAAUUUCAAAAUAAAGGAGUGACUUUCAAAGGACAACAAGCUUUAUUCACCGAUUGUGAUUUACAAAUACAUAAAGAAUUCUGCGAUUCCGCCUUAGCGUACAACGCCGAUAUUUAUUCAGUUGAUCCAAAGAACACUACAAAAGUAGCCAAUGAUAUUAAUCUAUACGUCUGUCUGGCUACUGAAGGGAGAAUAGUAAAUAUUGUAGAACCAGAGUUUCUGGAGAAUUUAAGAAUGAUAAUCGUUGAUGCUUUGUAUUUCAAAGCAAGUUGGACACAUCCAUUUGAUCCAACGCAUACUAAAGAAGAAGCAUUCUAUAAUUCACAAGGAAAACGAAUCGGAACUGUCAACAUGAUGUAUCAUAAAGCUCCGCAUAGUUUUGGUGAUUCAGAGCAAAUUGGAGCUCAAAUUAUUGAAAUGACUUAUGGGAAACACGAGGAAUUCUCUAUGUUGAUACUUUUGCCUUUCGAUGGAAUGCCUUUGAAAAGAUUAUUAAACAAUCUGGCAAGUAAAAAUCUGAAUUGGAUGACAGAAUUCAAAAUUGCUGGUAAUUUGCCUCAAGUUGAUACAUACAUACCUAGAUUCAAGUUAUCAUCAAGAACUGACAUUGUUCCUCCUAUGCAAUAUACAGGAAUUUAUUCUAUUUUUGAUGCUACGAAAGCACAGUUACCUGGAAUUUCAGAUAGUCCCUUAUACGUCUCCAAAGGGGCUCAGAAAGUCGAGAUAGAAGUAAAUGAAGAAGGGACAAUAGCGGCAGCAGCAACCGUUAUAGGUUUAGAAGACAGGAUAUUAGGACAACGAUUUGAAGCUAACAAGGAGUUUGUUUUCUUGAUUCUUGAAAGAAGAUCUAACGUCAUCCUCUUCGCAGGUGUGUACAGUGAACCUACCCUUGUGUAAUUGUUUAAUUUGUAUUGUUUUAAGUCAUAAAACGUGACAAAUCAGACGUAUUUUGAAGUUCAUAAAGCUCAAAUAGUUUUUACUAGCUAGAUUAGUAUUAGCAGUAACUGCAAGUACAAUGUUAAAAAGUAGAAUUUUGAUUACAUAUGAAACAUCAACUAAUCAGAUGUUUAUUACUAAUUUACGA